AUGUCUAAUACUAUAAAACUUCAUUCCCCACAGAUAUCCAAGACUCUUGAAACCUAUCAUCUUAAUAAAGAAACUAUCUAUAGAUCUCUAUAAGUUUAAAAAUCACUCAAUCUAUUUUCAGAAUAACAAGAUGAAUAAACUAACAUGAUUAAAACCAAAAUUGUAAACUAAUAACUUAGUAUUUUCAACGAUAAUUUAAUCAAUACUAAUCUCUAAUAAUAUACUCCUUCAAAUGAAUAAAAUAAUAUUUAAUUAUCAUUCAAUACUCUUAGAAAUAAUGAAGAAUAAUCAAUAUAACCACUCUCUUAAAAAUUUUGUUACUUUUGCUCUAAAGACUAAAAACUUAUUCAAAUUUGCCCUUGCUCUUAUGCUCAUUAAAUAUGUGCCACAAAUUAUAUUUAAGCUGGCAGUAUACUCAAAAAAAUAUCUUGCAAAUAAUGCAAAUAGAAAUAUCAUCUCAAAGGUUCUGUUUAUUUUGAUUCCUAAAAAUGGAAAGAAUUUAAACUAUCUCUAUUUCUUGAGUUUUUAUUAAUGUUAAUAGUUAUAUUCAUAGUCAUCUAUUCAACCAUUAAACUCAAAGAAUAGUUAAAAUCUAAUUAGCUUCAGAUAUAUUCAAAAAUCGUAUUUCUUUGCACUUUUGGAUUUAUUGUUUGUGUAGUUGUCAUUUCUAAGAUAAUAUAACACUUCAAAACUAUCAAAUUUGAAGUUCAAUAAUAUUAUCCUAGAAAUACUGAAUUUAAUAAUCAUUAUCUUAAACUCCUUGUUCAAGAUUGA